CGCCUUGGCAACUGAGCAUGCUUUUGCUGCAACAUAGUGGUUGUAGGCAGAAGAAGUUUUGCAGAGGAUUUCUAUUCCAGUUUUUUAGCAUACAAUGGCUAGUAAGAAGAAGGAACAGACUCUUCAGGCUACUGUUGUCAAUCAAGAGCAAUGGGAAGAGAUGUUAGCAGUGAAGGGACUAACAGUUGUAGAUGUGUAUCAGAAUUGGUGUGGGCCUUGCAAAGCUGUUGUCAGUUUACUCCGAAAAAUUAAAAAUGAGCUUGGUGAUGAUCUCUUACUUUUCGCUGUGGCUGAAGCAGAUAGUGUGGAGGCCCUGGAUAAAUACAGAGGAAAAUGUGAACCUACAUUUCUGUUUUAUGCAGGAGGUGAACUUGUAGCUGUUGUUAGAGGGGCAAAUGCACCACUACUGCAAAAAGUAAUUCUGGAACAACUCCAGGCAGAAAAAAAAGUAUUAGAGUCUGGCGCAGAACGUAAAGUGUUUAAAGACCUGGUGGCACUACAGGUAUCAGAAACAACAGUUGUCCCGCAAGACCAUUUAAUGGAUGACGAUGAUGAUGAUGAAGGCCUAGGUCUUUCCAGCAAACCAUACACAGUUGCAAUCAUAAAACCUGAUGCCACUGCUCAUGGAAAAGCAGAUGAAAUAAUGAUGAAGAUCCAGGAGGCAGGAUUUGAGAUCCUGGCACAUGAAGAAAGAACGCUAACAGAGCAAGAGGCCCGUGAUUUCUAUCAGCAUAAAACAGAAGAGCCAAAUUUUGAAGAUCUGGUGAAGUUCAUGUCAAGUGGUCCAUGCCAUGUACUGAUAAUCUCAAAAUCAGAUGAAAAUGAUGAUGUCAUACCUGCUUGGAGAGAGUUCAUUGGUCCAACAGAUGUUGAAGUUGCAAAAAAAGAGAAACCAGAAAGCCUUCGAGCACAGUACGGCACUGAAACCAUGUUCAAUGCAGUUCAUGGCAGUGACAAUAUGGACCAGGCCAGUAAGGAACUUGCGUUCUUCUUCCCCAACUUUCAAAGUUCAUCAGGAAAUGAAACAAUGAAGCAGGAAGAAAAGACUGAAAGAACUUUGGCCAUCAUCAGGCCUGAACUUCUGAAAGAAAAGAAAGAUGAAGUCCUGCAACAGAUUAAAGAAGCUGGAUUUACGAUUGCCAUGCAGAAAGAAAUAGUUUUGACAGAGCAGCAAGUCCGGGAGUUUUACAAAGAACACACAGAGCAACCUUACUUCCCUGCACUACUGCAGCAAAUGACCAGUGGACCUGUUUUAGCCCUGGCUCUUGCAAAAGAAGAUGCUAUCCAACACUGGAGAAACCUUCUGGGACCAGCUGAUAUGAAUGAAGCAAAGAAUGAAGCCCCAAAUAGUCUGAGAGCUCAGUUUGCAGUAGAAAGUGCCUCGGUUAACCAGCUACAUGGUGCCAGUGAUCCUGAACAGGCUAAGAAGGAGAUGAACUUCUUCUUUCCAGUAGAAAAGACCUUAGCUGUGGUGAAGCCAGAUGCAUUACAAGGACAUAAAGCUGAUAUUAUGUCAAGCAUCCAUGGUGCUGGGUUUUCUGUAUCACAGCUGAAGGAGACUUGCCUUGACAGAGAGAUGGCUAAGGAGUUUUAUAAAGAGCAUAGAGGGAAACCAUUUUUUGAUAGUCUGGUUGACUACAUGUGCCAAGGUCCUUGUUUGAUGAUGGUGCUGAGUAAAGAGAAUGCCAUUCAGGAGUGGAGAGAUUUAAUGGGCCCUACAGAUCCAGAAGAAGCAAAAGAAAAAGCACCACAUUCCUUGCGUGCAAAAUUUGCUCAAAGCAUUUUACAAAAUGCUGUGCAUGGUGCAUCCAACCAGGAACAUGCUAUGGAAAAAAUCGAGUUUGUGUUUGGAGAUAUUGAAAGUGGAGACAACACAAUACUUCAAGGUGAAGAACCUCAGCUAGAAAGAGCUGAACCACCAACUCGAGUCAGACUUGAAGAAUUAAUUUCUGAAGACACAGGUGAUCCUGAAAGUGAACUGUCAAGAGGUCUAACAGAAGUGACCAGUAGUGAGCCAGAGAUAAACAAUGAGGACACAUUACCUGAGGAAAAAACUGGUGCUGAAGAAGCAUAACACAGGAAUAUAUGGAAGAAAACUGAUAAACUGCAACAACUAUAUAAUGCUCUAUCAUGUUUGCUCUCAUCACUGGAUGUACUCAUAUUAAAUGAUAAUAUUACCUUUUUCAACUGAACAGAAUAAUUAUUUUAUAUUUUCCUUAUAUGUUCAUGUAACAUGUACACUUUACAUAAAUAUUCUGUAUUAUUUAAUAAAAUAUUUGUACAUUUUUGAUACUGUA